AUGUCAUCAAGAUGCACCUGUGCGCGUUUGGCGCGGCUCCCCGUCGCUGCUAGGUCCAGCAUCAACCUCACACGACCCUUCUCGACCACGAGCGCGAAUCUAAAUGUGCCCCCCGAGUCCCCGGGCUGGAUUCAAGUCCCGGUCCCCCCCCAGUCCCAGGCAUCUGAGCAGAAGUUGCCCAACGUGAAGGGAACUUUGCCUGUUCCCCGUGACCCUUUUGCGCAUAAGGAUGCGGAUCGCAAGGUUCAGCCCGACUACCUUCAGCAGACGGCCCCCAAGCCUACGAACGAAGCUUCCAAGAAACCCGUCGAGCCCGGCUCUCGCCUUGAGCACCGCCGCCGUAUGGCUGACAGUCGUCGCGAGAACCUCGAAACGGCCCUUCAGGGUCUCUACAAGCGCAAGCAGGAGCGCGUCGAAAUUGUCACCGCCGCCUCCAAGAAGCGCUUCCGCGAACACCAGCGCGCGGCCAAGGCCCCCGAGCGCUGGGAUGACCGUCUUACUCGCAGCUCCGUCCUUUCCUCGCUGGUGAACUCGACCACCGUGCAAUUGGACCCCAAACGUUACGAGCGUGCCGAAGAGAGCAAGGGCAGAACCGCUGCCCUUGCUCAGCAGAAGAGCGAACAGAGACAGGAUGCAUUGAUGGAGAUGUACAUCAACGCCUCCAAGUUCAUCGUGUCCGAGGAUGAACUGAGUAAGGAGUUGGACAAGCUCUUCUCCGAGGACUUCUGGAAGCGCCAGGGCAAGUCUAUGGCCCACGACUCCGACAACGCCUGGGAUGUGUGGGGACAGCCCCCGACGGUGCAGUCCAUGCUGGACGAGAUGAUGAGGAAACAGCAGCGAGCCAUCGACUUCCAGCAGAGCGAGCAGGACAGGACCGUCAGAAGGCAGAAGACCAUUGCCGAGGAGCUGACGGGCGGCAAGAUGGAGUAG